CUCCAGAACAUCAUAUCAUCGUGUAUAUAUACACACAUAUACAUACACAUACCCCCAUCACCAAGAACAGUGUAAAAACCCUAAAAAGAUUACAAGAACUAAGCCCAAACUUCACCCUUAAUCAUCCAAAAGUCUCCACAUUUUGAAAUUUCCCAUGAUCUCCGGCCAAGGAAUUACGAAAAUGCCACUCCCCACGCUCUUCGCCACUCUCUUCAUCGCAUUCCUCCUCCUCGCCAUCGAACAAGCCGAUGCCUUGAUGCCAUACACUCGUCCGUUCUUCGACAUAAUGAUCCCGACGGAAGACCCGUUUCGGGUCCUCGAGCAGUCCCCGUUGUCGGCGCCGCCAAAGGGCAUCUCCGAGACGCCCUUAGCGCUGGCGAGGGCGGACUGGAAGGAGACGCCGAGCCGCCACGUCAUCACCCUCGACGUUCCCGGGCUCAAGAAGGAAGAUAUAAAGAUCGAAGUGGAGGAGCAUAGAGUGUUGAGGAUAAGCGGAGAACGGAAGAGGGAAUAUAAAGAAGAAAGAGAAGGAGAGAGAUGGCACAGAAUGGAGAGAGCCUCGGGGAAGUUCUGGAGGCAGUUUAGGCUACCGGCCACGUCGGAUCUGGACAGUGUCGAGGCUCGUCUUGAAGACGGGGUUUUGAAGGUUACGGUUCCGAAGUUGCCAGAAGACAAGAAGAGACAGCCGAAGGUUGUUCAAAUCGUGGACGGUGGUGGUUCGGGUUUUGAAGAUCCCACCAAGGCCGAAAUGUGAAAUGUAAGGAGGAAAUCUUUCUUUAAAAAAAAUGGCUGUGUUUGUGUAUUGUAUGGUUGGAGCUAGGAGGCGAUGUAAUAAAGAUAUAUAUAUAUAUAUAUAUAUA